GGGGCUGACCCAGAGAUGGGGGCAAAGGGGAUGGAGGGAGCUUUAAAACCCGGGACCUCCCUCCUUCUCUUCCAACUGGUCGCCAUGGCCUUCAGCCGCAUCUGUCCACGGCUCCCCACACUGCUUCAGCUUCUCCUCCCCCUCGUCGUCCUCCUCUCGUCCCACGGGGCAGGCGGGGAGUCUGUGCGUUGCUUCUCCAACUUUGAGGAGGCUUCCAGCCAAUGCCAAGGGCUCCUGGGCGAGGGUGUCAGCAAGGAUGCCUGCUGCCUCAAUGCUGCCCACGGCUUCCAGAUCCCAGGGAGCCCAACCUGCCAGGCUUGCGGGGCCCCUCGCUGGUCCCCUUGGUCUGCCUGGUCCCCGUGUUCGAUGUCCUGCACAGAGGGUUCCCAGCUGCGUCAUCAACGCUGCCUGGGCCAGGGAGACCAGUGCCCUGGGGAGGGGCGGCCUGGGAGCCUUCGUUGGGAGCUACAGGCAUGUCAGGACCAGGACUGUUGCCCAGAGGCUGGUGGUUGGUCUGACUGGGGACCGUGGACUGCAUGCUCCGUGACUUGCGCCCAGGGUCUCCGGAGCCGCAGAAGGGCCUGUGACCAGCCAGUCCCAAAGUGCGGGGGCAGCUGCUCUGGUGGGGAAACUGAGACCAAGCCAUGUGAUACAGAGACCCUCUGUCCCAUACAUGGGGCCUGGGCAGCCUGGGGGCCUUGGGGAUCCUGCUCCUCCUCCUGUCACGGAGGACCCCAGGCCCCUGCCCAACACAGAACCAGAACGUGCUCUUCUCCAGCCCCCUCAGUCCAGCCCCCAGGGAACCCCUGUUCUGGCCAGGCCCAUGAGCAGCGCAGCUGUAAAGGCCUCCCACCAUGCCCUGUGGCGGGUGGCUGGGGCCCCUGGAGGCCUACUAGCCCUUGCUCAGUGACCUGUGGCCUGGGUCGGACCCGGGAACAGCGUCUGUGCAACAGCCCCCCACCUCAGCAUGGAGGUGCGCCCUGUGCUGGAGAUGAAACCCGCGAUGGCCUAUGCAUCACAGACCAGCCUUGCCCAGUUGAUGGUCACUGGGGUCCCUGGGGGGCCUGGGAGACUUGUACCCGGCUCGCAAUCUCUAGCAUCGCGUGUCAGGAUAAGCCAGGCCAGCAGCAGCGCUCUCGAGUGUGUGAGGGCCGGCUCCACAAUGGCCGGCGUUGCACAGGCCGCUUCCAGGAGACUCGUCAUUGUUACAACAUCCACCUGUGCCCCUUGGAUGGCUACUGGGCAGCCUGGGGACCCUGGGGUCUCUGCACUCCCCCCUGUGGGCCGUCUCCCACCCGCUCCCGACAGCGUCACUGCACUGCCAAGUUGCCUGCUUACCCGCCCACGGUGACCAUGGUGGAAGGCCAGGGAAAGAAGAACGUGACAUUCUGGGGAAGCCCCAGACCCCGCUGCUCCGAGCUGCAGGGCCAAAGGGGGAAGGUGGAGGAGAAGAAGGCCUGCCUGCACCCUCCACCCUGCACGGACCCCCUGGCAAAGGGAGGCUGACCCAGCAUCCUGGGGGAGGGAGGACGGGAAGAGGCCCCAGAGAACCGAGGCUUGCUAAGCCUCACCCCCAAUAAACUGAGGUCUCUCAGCUGAAA